AUGGUCAAAAUCGCAAUUGCAGGCGGUGCUGGAAACGUAGGGCAAGAGUGCAUCGAUGCUCUCCUCGCCACGAAGAAGCACGAGAUUGUGAUUUUCACACGCAAGGACGUCCUCGCCGAGACUACCGACUCGCCCGUCAAACUAGUGAAAGCCAACUACGAAGACGUGGUAGAACUGACUAGUCAUCUACAAGGCGUAGACGUAGUACUAUCUUUCAUUGCGCCACUGGACCUGCAACAAGGGGUUACCUUCCAGAAGAAUCUCAUCGAUGCCUCAAUCAGGGCUGGUGUAAAGCGUUUCGUACCCAGCGAAUGGGUCUCAUCCACCUUAGAGCACACGCCGUGGUAUUCGUUCAAAGACACGAUACGCGAAUACCUAGCCGAGAUCAACAAAGACAGAAAAGUCAUCGAGUACACUCUUUUCCAGCCUGGUCUCUUUUCCAACUACUUAACCGUUCCAUACAAGUCAGCCAAACAUCUCACGCCGCUCCGGAUGAUUUACGAUUUCGAGAAUCGUAGGGCCAUCAUGCGAGAAGGCGGGGAUGACGAUACCAUCGUCUUGACUACGGUACAAGAUCUCGCCGGCGUUGUCACGCGGGCAAUCGAUUACGAGGGCGAAUGGCCGGUCGUGGGCGGCAUUCGAGGCUCGCGCAUCUCCAUCAAGGAGCUCAUUGCUCUUGGCGAAGAAAUAAGAGGUCAGUCCUUCGCCUUCUUCCAGCUCAGAUGA